AUGCUAAGGUUUACCAAAAGUUCAACAGGGUUCUACUCUCGGCAUUUCAGUGCCGUUGUGUUUAUCGAGAAGCAAUUCCAAAUUCCAUCGAGGCUUAGUGGGACGAUGGUAUCAGCCGGAGACUUCGCCUAUAUUCCUGUCGUCGUGUUUACAAGCUACUUCGGAGGGAAGGGCAACCGAGCCAGAUGGAUUGGUGGCGGUUGCAUGUUGAUUGCCAUUGCAAACCUUCUCAUCAGCUCCUCCAAUUUUCUGUUUCCCGUGGAGGAGUACCAUGUAAACAGCACCUAUAUUCCUAGUUCAUUAGCUUAUGAAGUGAAUAGGUAA